UCGUACAUGAUUCUAUUUACUUUUCUCGCUUCUAUAAAUAAGAUUUUUAUUAAAUUAAUUUAAAACUGCAGAAAAUUAUUUAAGUAAAUCCGUUUUUAGAUCUGUAAAAUACACGGCUCACAUAGAAAGUUUAGUUUUAGUGUUUUGUUAUAUAAUUGACAAAAAUUUUGGAUUGUAAACAUGGUGUCUUAUAAAUGAAUUACUUUGCAGUGGCUUCCAAAGUAAAAAUGAAAUAAAAUUAAGCAUAUAUCUUCAAAAAAAUUAAUCUUAAUAAAAUAAACACAUCUAAGACUUCAAUCAUGAUACCAUCUACGGAUCAUUUUUGUAAAUCAGAUUUUUGGCAAAAUGACUUACCUGAUACAAUGGUUAUUGAAAUCGCAUGUUUGAUGCCAAAUGGGAUUAUGAUACCCAUAAAAGCUUAUCCUAGCUCAACUAUAGGGGAUAUUAAAGAAGAUUUAUGGGAAACCGCCAAAUCGUAUCCAUUGUACCGAUUUUUAAAAGAGCAAUCUAUGUAUGUUAUUAGUGCUAUAUCAGCAUUCGCCAAUAUUGACGAAUUCAAUAACGAAUCUAAACGAUUGUGUGAUAUUCAACCAUAUUUCUGCGUGUUCAAUAUAAUAGAGAAGAAAAAUUUAACAGAAGUGUCUUCUGAUAAUGAAUUUUAUAAAGUUAUAGGUUUAUUAAUUGGUCGAUCUUUAGAAGACUUUAAAAAAUUAAAAAAUUCCGAAGUUAAAGAUUUCAGACUGAAAAUGUCUAUUCUUAGAGAAGAAAUCAUGGAAUCGCGAUGUAAUAUGAGUUGGUAUGAUAGGUUAAUGUAUCAAAACCCACCUCGUUUAGCAAAAACGGCAAUUAUACAAGAAACAAUCAAAAGUCGGCAUCCAAAUGGCACAUUUUUAAUAGUAGUUCGCUUAGAAAAUGAUGAUAACUGGUUCACUCUUUACGUUGAAUACAAUAUGACACCACAUAGAUUUUUGAACGAAGUCCUUUCAAGGAAAUUGUCAAAAACAAUGAAUCAUCAAAAAAUUGGGCAUGCUGGAGAAUAUAUUCUCAAAGUUUUCGGAAGAGAAGAAUAUCUUUUUGGUGAUUACCCCUUAAUACAAUUCGUGUACAUUCAGGAAACCUUAUCAAACGAUGGAGUACCUUCUGUUGUAAUGAAAUCUAUUCACAAAUUGGAAACAUAUACUGAAAAUCAUAUUAAUGAAGUAAAUUUAUCCUCAAAUUCAAAUAAAAGCUCUUUUAAUAUGCGAAAACAAAAUAAAAAUAUAACUUCGUGGAAUGUCAAUAGCAAUUUCAAAUUACGAUUGCAUUCUAUUGAAAACUUAAAUUGUGAUUUAAAUAAAAAGGUCGGUGUUCACUUAGGCCUGUUCCAUGGUGACAAGACAUUGUGUGCUUCUAAACAGUCGUUUGAACAUUCAAUUGGAAAUGAUAAGACCAUUGUACUUGACGAGGAAAUUGUUUUUGACAUAAAUUUACAGAAUAUACCAAGAAUGACAAGACUUUGUAUUGGAAUUUACGAAGGAGCAAAAUCUGUAAAGCAAGCAGGCUCCAAAACAAAACGGGUUAAAGAUAAUAAGGAGCCGUGCAUGAACAAUUUAGCAUGGGUUAAUGUGACUUUGUUUGAUUUCAAAGAUGAAUUAAAAAGCGGGACUUUGACAUUAUUUACAUGGAAUUAUGCAGACAACAUCCAAUCAGAUGAAAUAUUCAACUCAUUAGGAACUGUAGAACAGAACCCUCGAACUGAAGAGUGUGCGGCUAUUAAAUUAUCAUUCCAUAACUACGACUCAGAGAAUAUCAUCUUAUAUCCCUCAGAAGAAAUAGUUUUGCAAUAUGCCGCCGAAAUUUCAAGAACAAAGAGUUUAAAUAGAGAUAGUGCACAAGAUACGAGAACCAUAAAACAAAUUCUUGAACCUUAUCUUAGUAAUGACCGUUUAUACGAAAUGCAUGACCAGGAACGCAAUGCAAUAUGGGCUAAAAGACUUGACUGCUUAACCGAUGCUCCUUAUGCAUUACCCUUGCUAUUACAUUGUGUGGAAUGGAAUAAAAGAGAUGAAGUUAGUGAAAUUUGUAGAUUGCUAAAAAAGUGGCCGACGCUAUCAGUUGAACGAGCUCUCGAACUCUUAGAUUAUACUUAUCCAGAUCCUACGGUUAGAGGAUUUGCAAUUAAUUGUCUCAAAGAAUUAAGAGAUGAAGAACUUUUACUGUAUUUGUUGCAAUUAGUUCAAGCAAUCAAACAUGAGUGCUAUUUAGACUGUGAGUUGGUGAAAUUUCUUUUGAGAAGAGCACUACAAAACCAAAGGAUUGGCCACUACUUUUUUUGGCAUUUAAAAUCGGAAAUGCAAAUGCCUGCAAUGCAAAUUCGUUUCGGUUUAAUUCUAGAAGCUUACUUACAAGGCAGUCAAACACAUAUUCCUCUAUUAUAUAAGCAAUUCGAAUGUUUAGAAAAAUUAAGACAGGGAUCAGAACUAGCAAGGAAAGGGAAUAAAGAAAAAGUUAAAUCGUCCUUACAAGAUUUUUUAACUAAAGAAAGAAAUGGUGGAGUUUUUGCUAAUUUAUUAAGUCCACUUAAUCCUUACUUUCGUUGCAAAGGAGUAAAACCAGAAAAAUGCAAAAUCAUGGAUUCUAAAAUGCGUCCACUUUGGAUAGUUUUUGAAAAUGCUGAUACAAAUGGUGAUGACAUACAUAUAAUAUUUAAAAAUGGAGAUGAUUUAAGACAGGAUAUGCUUACACUUCAAAUGUUAAGGGUAAUGGAUCAGUUAUGGAAGAAUGAAGGGUAUGAUUUUCGUAUGAACAUAUAUGGAUGUAUAAGUAUGGAAAGAAGAAUGGGCAUGAUAGAGGUGGUUUUAAAUGCUGAAACUAUCGCCAAUAUACAAAAGGAAAAGGGUAUGUUUUCAGCCACAUCACCUUUCAAAAAGGGGUCAUUGCUUAGUUGGCUUAAAGAGCAUAACUCAUCAGAGGAGUCCUUAGAAAAAUUAGAAAAAGCAAUAAAGGAAUUUACUUAUAGUUGUGCUGGAUAUUGUGUAGCCACAUAUGUGUUAGGCGUAGCAGAUCGGCAUUCUGAUAAUAUUAUGGUUAAGAAAACUGGUCAACUAUUUCAUAUAGAUUUUGGUCACAUAUUGGGCCAUUUCAAAGAGAAAUUUGGUGUAAGAAGAGAAAGGGUUCCAUUUGUCUUAACACACGAUUUUGUAUAUGUCAUCAAUAAUGGUCGAACAGAACGGGAAACUGAAGAAUUUCGAACUUUUCAAAAUUUAUGUGAAACGGCAUUUCUUAUAUUAAGAAGACAUGGAUGUCUGAUAUUAUCUUUGUUUGCUAUGAUGAUUUCUACUGGAUUACCAGAACUAUCCUCAGAGAAGGAUCUCAACUAUUUAAAAGAAACAUUGGUACUAGACUUAACAGAAGAAAGUGCAAGAGAACAUUUUCGCUCAAAAUUUAAUGAGGCGUUAGCUAAUUCUUGGAAGACUUCACUGAAUUGGAUGUCACAUAACUUUUCAAAAAAUAACAAACAAUAAGAGCUUUCUCUAUUUUUCGUUUCUGUAAUUUUUCCAUAAGCACAAAACAACGUAUUAUUUUUUAAUUUUCUAUAUUUAAAUAAAAAAGUUUUAUAUUUAUUACAAUUAAUUAAAGCUUAUAAGACAUCUAUCAUAUUAUUAUAGGUAAAAGGUAUAUAUAAAAGGUAGAUAUAAAAGAAAUAUAACUUUUUUUUUAAGAAAAUAUAUAGAUCACAGUGUUUUGAGAUUGUAAGAUUGUUACAAAAAUAAAAAAAAAAAACUUGAAUUAAAUUUUAUUUUACAUUUUGAUUCAUAGUUGUAUAAAUAAUGUAAUAGGAAUUUAAAUUAAAAGAGCAGACAGAUAUUAGUC